AUGAAUUUAUUGCCUGCAAGUUGUUGCUUGAUUCAUAAUGAUUCAACUACUAGAUCGGAUCAUCAUCAUCAUUCACUAACACUCUUUCCACCAUCACUCUUUCAAAAUUCAGAGACACUUCACACACUCACUUCAAUUUCUUGCUCAUUUUCCAUCUUUUUACUCGAACAAGAAUACAAUGCUACGGAUCAAUUAAAUAUUCUUCAAAAAGGAAAAUCAAUUUUAAUUGCCUUAUCCAAAUUUAGAAAUCUCUCAUUGAUUGUGAAAUUAUUUUCAAAUCAAUUAUUAGAGCCUUUCCAAAUACAUGUCAAUGGAUUCGAAUUAGAAACUUAUUGUUGGUAUCAUUUGAAAUUUAUGAUCAAAGAAGAAGAAAUCAAAAUCAUUGUAUGGGAAUACAAUGAAAUGAUAUUUGAAUUUCAAAGUCAGUAUCCAUCUCCCUUGAACAUUAAAGAGAUCGCCAAUGAAUUUUGUCCAAUCAUUAUUCCUCCAAAAUUGGACAAAUGUGAUGGUGUGAAAGGUUUGAUCAAGGAUUUAUUUUUUGAAUGUUCAAAUCAAAAGAAUUCAACUCAUUCAGAACAUGAGAAAUUUAAUUAUGAUUAUCCUCCUUUCAUCCAUUGCAACAAACCUCACAAAAUAAUCUCUCAACCCAUCUAUUCUAUGGAACAAUUGAAACAUUUCAAAAUUGGAAGUGAUCCAAUGAAUGUCUGUCAUGUGAAAUUACACAAAAGAAAAAAAUCACAUGAAAAUUCUAAAGUUAUUCUCUGUCAUGAUAUGAAAGGAGGAUAUUUAGAAGAUAAAUACAUUCAAGGAGGAAGGUCAUUUCUCAGUUAUAAUUUUAAUUAUUGGCAAUAUGUAGAUAUAUUUAUUUAUUUUAGUCAUUUUCGAAUUUCAAUUCCACCUUGUGGUUGGUGUGAGGCAGCUCAUAGAAAUGGUGUUCAAGUUCUUGGAAACUUUAUUGUAGAAUGGGAUGAAGGAAUUUCUGAAAUUGAACAAUUACUCUAUACAAAACAUCAUGUCAAUAAUGAUUCAUGUCAUUCUAUUACGAGCAACAAUCAUCAAGAAAAUUCAACUCUCUCUUAUGAAUUAGCAGACAAAUUAGUGGAUUUAGCUCUCUACUAUGGUUUUGAUGGAUGGUUUCUCAAUAUUGAAUCACCUCUCAAGAAGGGAAGAGAUGCAUGUGAAAGAAUGAUCAAACUAUUGAAAUAUUUAACAAGAGAAUGUCAUCGAAGAAUUGGAAAAGACUCGUUGGUGAUUUGGUAUGACUCUGUUCUCUCAACCAAUGGAGAAUUGAAAUGGCAAAAUGAGCUCAAUGAGAAGAAUAUUGAAUUUUUUAACAGUUGUGAUGGAAUAUUCUUAAAUUAUUGUUGGAAGCCAGAAAUGCUUUCAAAGAGUGUUUCUUUGUGUAAUCAUCAUUCCCAAAAUUCCAACAACAACAACAAUACAGAUAGCACUAUCGUCGUCAUGAAUGAACAAUGUCCAACAACAUCAGUCAAUGAACAUCCAAUGACCACAACCAAUCUCAAUCCUCUCCAUGAAGAACGCUCUAAAAAUUCAUUCGAUAUUUACACUGGAAUUGAUAUCUUUGGAAGAGGUCAAUACGGAGGUGGACAAUUUAACACAACAGUGGCUCUUGCAGAAAUUAUUAAGGCAAGGACAUCGGUGGCUCUAUUUGCUCCUGGAUUUGUCUAUGAAACUUUAAGAUCCAUUUCUUCAGAAGAUUUGAAAUCAGAAAUGAAUGAUCCAUCCAUGUUGAGAAGACAAUACGAAGAGAGAGAAGAUUUAUUUUGGAGCAAUCAUGUUCAUGGAAAUGAUGUGAAAAAUGUCAAGGAAUUACUUCAGAAUGGAAAUGGUCAGGAAAAUAAUUUUAAAGGAUGGACCAUUCUCCUUCCUAAUAAGGAUUACAAUAAUGAAUCAUCAUCUUUGUAUGAUGGAUAUCACUGGAGUUUAUCAUCGAGUUGUGAAUUCAAUGAUUCAAAAUCAUUUAUUGCAUCUCAUCAAUGGUGUCGAAUGAGUCAACUCAUUGAUUUGACUUCUCACUUUACACUAAAUAAGGAAAAGAAUGAUUCAAGUGAACCUCUUGUCAUUAGAGCUUCAUGUUGGUACAAAGGAACACCUCCAAAAUGUGAUGAUUUAUUCUAUCUAAUCGUUGAAUUAAGAGAUGAACAUCAUCAAGUGAUUGAUUCCUUUCAUUCUGGUGAAAUGAUUUGCAAUGACAAGUGGAAGUGUAUUCAUCAUUGUUUUAUGGAAUACUCAACAGAUAUUCGAUAUAUUUAUUGGGAACAUGGAGGAAAAGAUGUUGAAGGAUGGAGUGGAAAUUAUGGACCUCGUGUUGCACAAUGCUCAUUGACAUGUUUGGAGUUUGUGAAUUACAACUGUUCUGAAGAAAUAUCUCCAAAAUUUAUUAGAAAUUAUAUUGAAGAGAGAAGUAUUCCUUCCUAUUGUUGUUGUGAAGAUCUCAUUCAGAAGGAAGAUUGUAAUAUUCAUUCCUUUUUAAAAAACAAUCAUGAUAUGAAACAUGACAAGAAUGUUGUGAACAAUACCACCAUCCAUUUGUUACAAAAGAAUGAUGAUAUGAAACAUGACAAGAAUGUUGUGAGUGUGGAAAACAAACGUCAACAACAUUUAAAAACACGAUUUAACACUGGAGUUGGACAAUACUACUUUAUUCAUGGAGAGAAAGUGAGUGAUCAUUCCUGGAAUAACAUGUCUCAUCAAGAAUUAAUGCCUACUUUUAGAAAUGUCAAGUAUUUGGAUCGUGGACAACCCCAUGCAUUGAGAUUCUAUGUGAACUAUGAUGAUGCAUGGAUUGGAGGAUCAUGUUUGCAUUUUGAAGGAAAGUUUAACCAACAAUCCAAAAAAGAACAAAUGACACGAUUCAAGUUAUUCAAAACGAACAUGGACAUUGAAGAAAAGGAAUGGUUACACCUAAGAGUUGGAUACAAACCAAUCUGUGAAUCCAGUACUUUUAAUUUAAUAUUGAAAAGUAUUGACCGAGAAUAUGUUUUCUCGACAUUGAAUACAAUAUCCUCUCCCAGGUUUAGCCUUAACUCUAAUAAGGACCAUUUCAUACAGCCAUCAUCUGUUGAGACACGCUGCUUCUCGAACAUGUGGAGAAUGGCUGAUUUUAUAUUGCACUUUCCAACAUCAUGCGAAAUUAUUGGAAUGGACAUUGAAUGCUUCAGAGAUUCGAGAGAGGAUAAUCCUCUCUAUUCAUUAAUGUUAGGACUAUUGGAGAUUCACACGACAUCUCAUAAUUGCAGGAGUGAAUUUUUGGAAAAUCGAUCCAUUGGCCUCAAAGCCUCAGUGGAGCAUACCAUAGUCACAAGUGUUCAUUUGGACCAAAUGGCUUUGCUUGGUCAUCAGCAACCCUCCCACGAGGCAAACAUUUCAUGGAAUCACGAAGAAGGCAAACAAGCCGAGUUUGUCAUUUUCAAGAACCAACAAUUUGUCGCCACCACCCGAAAAGCAUUGUAUCGACUUUGCAAUUACAACCCGAAUGACAACUUCAACAUCUAUCGCAUUGAAUAA